UCUUCAAACUAGUUUUCAGCGUUCAAAAUGUCACGAAAAUACGUACAGAAAUGUGUCUGUUACGGUUGUAAUAAUAGCGUCGACCCAUUGCGAGGAAUAUGUCUUCAUAGAAUCCCUUUUGUAGGCGAUGAAAGGCCCGAAGCAAAGCGGCGCAGAAACAAGUGGGCCAAGUUCAUAACAACAAAAAGGAAAGAUUGGAAACUAGGACCAAAGUCAAGAGCAAGAGUUUGCUCUGCACACUUUAGACCUGAAGACUUUGUUAAUCGUUAUACUUCUCUUUACAACACUGAAGAUUCYCAUAUUAUAAAGCGGUUGGUCUCCGAUGACUUUGGUGUUCUGGCCUAYCCUACAAUCCAUGCAGGCGAGGGKGAUCAAAAURUUGACAUUACUUCUCYAUCACCAAGCCCACGAGAGCGCCGAAUUAUAAUGAGAGAGAUAAUGAAUGAUCCUCUUUAUGCAUCGAUUCUUCAUCCUGAAAAAAUAAAGACAGAAGAAAACAAUUCUAACCAAAGUACAAUGGAUAAUGAUGAAUCUCAAAAACUAAACACUGAUCAUGGAAAUAAUAUCAGUGCAUCACAGACUGACUCUACUGAUAUUAGUGGCAAGUCUUGUGGCUCAAAUUGCACAGCUGACACAGAUAAUGCAAGGAAAAUAAGUAGUUCACAGUGUACUAGUGGAACAACAGUAACCAGCAAGACACAAGACAUGUCAACCCAAACACUGAAUUAUUGCAAAGAUUGUUAUAGGCUGAAACUUACAAAUUAUCAACAGAGUAACCGAAUCAAAUCUUAUCAAUUCAAAAUGAAACAAAAAAAUGCAACUAUUAUGAAGCUCAAAAGAAGAGUACAAAAACUUGAACUAGAGAAACUUGGUAUUACAAAAAUAACUGCACAGCCUAUGGUGGAAAGAACUAAAGGACAAUUAGAGCUCAUCCAGUUGGACCACAACUAUUUUGGAUGAUUGAAUAACACAGUAUCCAGU